ACUCGACGCCCCCGUCACGUGGCUGCCGCGGCCCCGUCUCCGGCGGAGGCGGGCGCGGGCGCGUCCCUGUGGCCAGUCACCCGGCGGAGCUGGUCGCACAAUUAUGAAAGACUCGACUUCUGCUGCUAGCGCUGGAGCUGAGUUAGUUCUGAGAAGGUUUCCCGGGGCUGUCCUUGUUCGGUGGCCCGUGCCACCGCCUCCGGAGACGCUUUCCGAUAGAUGGCUGCAGGCCGCGGAGGAGGAGGAGGAGCCGCUGCCCUUCCGGAGUCCGCCCCGUGAGGAGAAUGUCCCAGAAAUCCUGGAUAGAGAGCACUUUGACCAAGAGGGAGUGUGUGUAUAUUAUACCAAGCUCCAAAGACCCUCACAGAUGUCUUCCAGGAUGUCAGAUUUGUCAGCAACUUGUCAGAUGUUUCUGUGGUCGUUUGGUCAAGCAACAUGCAUGCUUUACUGCAAGUCUUGCCAUGAAAUACUCAGAUGUGAAAUUGGGUGAACACUUUAACCAGGCAAUAGAGGAAUGGUCUGUGGAAAAGCACACGGAGCAGAGCCCAACAGAUGCUUAUGGAGUCAUCAAUUUUCAAGGGGGUUCUCAUUCCUACAGAGCUAAGUAUGUGAGACUAUCAUAUGAUACCAAACCUGAAAUCAUUCUGCAACUUCUGCUUAAAGAAUGGCAAAUGGAGUUACCCAAACUUGUUAUUUCUGUACAUGGAGGCAUGCAGAAAUUUGAGCUUCAUCCAAGAAUCAAGCAGUUGCUUGGAAAGGGUCUCAUUAAAGCUGCAGUUACAACCGGAGCUUGGAUUUUAACUGGAGGAGUAAAUACAGGUGUGGCAAAACAUGUUGGUGAUGCCCUCAAAGAACAUGCUUCCAGAUCAUCUCGAAAAAUUUGCACUAUUGGAAUAGCUCCCUGGGGAGUGAUAGAAAACAGAAAUGAUCUUGUUGGGAGAGAUGUGGUUGCUCCUUAUCAAACCCUAUUGAAUCCCUUGAGCAAAUUGAAUGUUCUAAAUAAUUUACACUCCCAUUUCAUCUUGGUGGAUGACGGCACUGUUGGAAAGUAUGGGGCAGAAGUCAAACUGAGAAGAGAACUUGAAAAAACCAUUAACCAGCAAAGAAUUCAUGCUAGAAUUGGGCAAGGUGUUCCUGUGGUGGCUUUGAUAUUUGAAGGCGGGCCAAAUGUCAUCCUUACAGUGCUGGAGUAUCUUCAGGAAAGCCCACCUGUUCCAGUUGUUGUGUGUGAAGGAACAGGCAGAGCUGCAGAUUUACUAGCAUAUAUCCAUAAACAGACAGAGGAAGGAGGGAAUCUUCCUGAUGCAGCAGAGCCUGAUAUUAUAUCAACUAUCAAAAAAACAUUUAACUUUGGCCAGAGUGAAGCAGUUCAUUUAUUUCAAACAAUGAUGGAGUGUAUGAAAAAAAAAGAGCUUAUCACUGUUUUCCACAUUGGAUCAGAGGAUCAUCAAGAUAUAGAUGUGGCCAUACUUACUGCACUGCUAAAAGGUACUAAUGCAUCUGCAUUUGACCAGCUUAUCCUUACACUGGCAUGGGACAGAGUUGAUAUUGCCAAAAAUCAUGUAUUUGUUUAUGGACAACAGUGGCUGGUUGGAUCCUUGGAACAAGCUAUGCUUGAUGCUCUUGUAAUGGAUAGAGUUUCAUUUGUAAAACUUCUUAUUGAAAAUGGAGUAAGCAUGCAUAAAUUCCUUACCAUUCCCAGAUUGGAAGAACUUUAUAACACUAAACAGGGUCCAACCAAUCCAAUGUUGUUCCAUCUCAUUCGGGAUGUCAAGCAGGGUAAUCUUCCUCCAGGGUACAAGAUCACUCUAAUUGAUAUAGGACUUGUGAUUGAAUAUCUCAUGGGAGGAACCUACAGAUGCACAUACACACGAAAACGUUUUCGAUUAAUAUAUAAUAGUCUUGGUGGAAACAACCGGAGGUCGGGUCGAAAUACCUCCAGCAGCACCCCUCAGUUGCGAAAGAGUCAUGAAACUUUUGGCAAUAGAGCUGACAAAAAGGAAAAAAUGAGACACAAUCAUUUCAUUAAAACAGCCCAACCCUACAGACCAAAGAUGGAUGCAUCUAUGGAAGAAGGAAAGAAGAAAAGAACCAAAGAUGAAAUUGUAGAUAUAGAUGAUCCAGAAACCAAGCGCUUUCCUUAUCCUCUUAAUGAAUUAUUAAUUUGGGCUUGCCUUAUGAAGAGGCAGGUCAUGGCCCGCUUUUUAUGGCAGCAUGGUGAAGAAUCAAUGGCUAAAGCAUUAGUUGCCUGUAAAAUCUAUCGUUCAAUGGCUUAUGAGGCAAAGCAGAGUGACCUGGUAGAUGAUACUUCAGAGGAACUGAAACAGUAUUCCAAUGAUUUUGGCCAACUUGCAGUUGAAUUACUGGAACAGUCCUUCAGACAAGAUGAAACGAUGGCUAUGAAAUUACUCACUUAUGAACUGAAAAACUGGAGUAAUUCAACCUGCCUCAAGUUAGCAGUUUCUUCAAGACUUAGACCUUUUGUAGCUCAUACUUGUACACAGAUGUUGUUAUCUGAUAUGUGGAUGGGACGGCUGAAUAUGAGAAAAAAUUCCUGGUAUAAGGUCAUAUUAAGCAUUUUAGUUCCACCUGCCAUAUUAAUGCUAGAGUAUAAAACCAAGGCUGAAAUGUCCCAUAUCCCACAAUCUCAAGAUGCUCAUCAAAUGACCAUGGAGGAUAGUGAAAACAAUUUUCACAACAUAACAGAAGAGAUACCCAUGGAAAUAUUUAAAGAAGUAAAGAUUUUGGACAGCAGUGAAGGAAAGAAUGAAAUGGAGAUACAUAUUAAAUCAAAAAAGCUUCCAAUCACACGAAAAUUUUAUGCCUUUUAUCAUGCACCAAUUGUAAAGUUCUGGUUUAACACAUUGGCAUACUUAGGAUUUCUGAUGCUUUAUACAUUUGUAGUUCUUGUAAAAAUGGAACAGUUACCUUCAGUUCAAGAAUGGAUUGUUAUCGCUUAUAUUUUUACCUACGCUAUUGAAAAAGUUCGUGAGGUCUUUAUGUCUGAAGCUGGGAAAAUCAGCCAGAAGAUCAAAGUAUGGUUUAGUGACUAUUUCAAUGUCAGUGACACAAUUGCCAUAAUUUCUUUCUUCAUUGGAUUUGGACUGAGAUUUGGAGCAAAAUGGAACUUUAUUAAUGCAUAUGAUAAUCAUGUUUUUGUGGCUGGAAGAUUAAUUUACUGUCUUAAUAUAAUAUUUUGGUAUGUGCGUUUGCUAGAUUUUCUAGCCGUAAAUCAACAGGCAGGACCUUAUGUAAUGAUGAUUGGAAAAAUGGUGGCCAAUAUGUUCUACAUUGUAGUGAUAAUGGCUCUUGUAUUACUUAGUUUUGGUGUUCCCAGAAAAGCAAUACUUUAUCCACAUGAAGAACCAUCUUGGUCUCUUGCUAAAGAUAUAGUUUUUCAUCCAUACUGGAUGAUAUUUGGUGAAGUUUAUGCAUAUGAAAUUGAUGUGUGCGCAAAUGACUCCGCUCUCCCAGCAAUCUGUGGUCCUGGAACUUGGUUGACUCCAUUUCUUCAAGCAGUCUACCUCUUUGUACAGUAUAUCAUUAUGGUUAAUCUUCUGAUUGCAUUUUUCAAUAAUGUAUAUUUACAAGUGAAGGCAAUUUCCAAUAUUGUAUGGAAGUAUCAGCGAUAUCAUUUUAUUAUGGCUUAUCAUGAAAAACCAGUCCUGCCCCCUCCUCUUAUCAUUCUCAGCCAUAUAGUUUCACUGUUUUGCUGUGUAUGUAAAAGAAGAAAGAAAGAUAAGACUUCUGAUGGGCCAAAACUUUUCUUAACAGAAGAAGAUCAAAAGAAACUCCAUGACUUUGAAGAGCAGUGUGUUGAGAUGUAUUUUGAUGAGAAAGAUGACAAAUUCAAUUCUGGGAGUGAAGAGAGAAUCCGUGUCACUUUUGAAAGAGUGGAGCAGAUGAGCAUUCAGAUGAAAGAAGUCGGAGAUCGUGUCAACUACAUAAAAAGAUCGUUACAGUCUUUAGAUUCUCAGAUUGGUCAUCUGCAAGAUCUCUCAGCCCUAACAGUAGAUACAUUAAAAACACUUACAGCCCAGAAAGCUUCAGAAGCUAGCAAAGUGCACAAUGAGAUCACACGAGAAUUGAGUAUUUCCAAACACUUGGCUCAGAAUCUUAUUGAUGAUGUUCCUGUAAGACCGAUGUGGAAGAAGCCUAGUGUUGUAAAUACACUGAGUUCCUCUCUUCCUCAUGGUGAUCGGGAAAGUAAUAAUCCUUUCCUUUGUAAUAUAUUUAUGAAAGAUGAAAAAGACCCCCAGUAUAACCUGUUUGGACAAGAUUUACCUGUGAUACCCCAGAGAAAAGAAUUUAACAUUCCAGAGGCUGUUUCCUCCUGUGGUGCCUUAUUCCCAAGUGCUGUUUCUCCCCCAGAAUUACGACAGAGAAGACAUGGGGUAGAAAUGUUAAAAAUAUUUAAUAAAAAUCAAAAAUUAGGCAGUUCACCUAAUAGUUCACCACAUAUGUCCUCCCCACCAAACAAAUUUUCUGUGAGUACCCCAUCCCAGCCAAGUUGCAAAAGCCACUUGGAAUCUACAACCAAAGAUCCAGAACCCAUUUUCUAUAAAGCUGCAGAAGGGGAUAACAUAGAAUUUGGAGCAUUUGUGGGACACAGAGAUAGUAUGGAUUUACAGAGGUUUAAAGAAACAUCAAACAAAAUAAGAGAACUACUGUCUAAUGAUUCUCCUGAAAACACUUUGAAGCAUGUGGGUGCUGCUGGAUAUAGUGAGUGUCAUAAGACUUCUACUUCUCUUCACUCAGAACAAGCAGAAAGCUGUAGUAGAAGGGCAUCAACGGAAUACUCUCCAGAAGUCGAUUCUAAAGCAGCUUUGUUACCGGAUUGGUUACGAAAUAGACCAUCAAACAGAGAAAUGCCAUCUGAAGGAGGAACAUUAAAUGGUCUUGCUUCUCCAUUUAAGCCCGUUUUGGAUACAAAUUAUUAUUAUUCAGCUGUGGAAAGAAAUAACCUGAUGAGAUUGUCACAGAGUAUUCCCUUCGUUCCUGUACCUCCACGAGGUGAGCCUGUCACAGUGUAUCGUCUGGAGGAGAGUUCUCCCAGUAUACUGAAUAACAGCAUGUCUUCUUGGUCUCAGCUAGGCCUCUGUGCCAAAAUUGAGUUUUUAAGUAAAGAGGAAAUGGGAGGCGGUUUACGAAGAGCAGUCAAAGUGCUGUGUACCUGGUCAGAGCAUGAUAUCCUGAAAUCAGGGCAUCUUUAUAUCAUUAAGUCAUUUCUUCCUGAGGUGAUAAAUACAUGGUCAAGCAUUUAUAAAGAAGAUACGGUUCUACAUCUCUGUCUCAGAGAAAUACAACAACAGAGGGCAGCACAAAAGCUUACGUUUGCCUUUAAUCAGAUGAAACCCAAAUCCAUACCAUAUUCUCCAAGGUUCCUUGAAGUUUUCCUGCUGUACUGCCAUUCAGCAGGACAGUGGUUUGCUGUAGAAGAGUGCAUGACUGGUGAAUUUAGAAAAUACAACAAUAAUAAUGGUGAUGAAAUCAUCCCAACGAACACUCUGGAAGAGAUCAUGCUAGCCUUUAGCCACUGGACCUAUGAAUAUACCAGAGGGGAGUUACUGGUACUAGACUUACAAGGUGUGGGAGAAAACUUGACUGACCCAUCUGUGAUAAAAGCUGAAGAAAAAAGAUCCUGUGACAUGGUUUUUGGCCCUGCCAAUCUAGGAGAAGAUGCAAUAAAAAACUUCAGAGCCAAACAUCACUGUAAUUCUUGCUGUCGAAAGCUUAAACUUCCAGAUCUGAAGAGGAAUGACUACACGCCUGAUAAAAUCAUAUUUCCUCAGGAUGAGUCAUCAGAUCUGAAUCUUCAAUCUGGAAAUUCCACCAAAGAAUCAGAAGCAACAAACUCUGUUCGUCUGAUGUUAUAGUACUGAAUCAUUGAUUUUGCCUACACUUCACAAAAGUGUGACAGUCAUUUUUCCUUUCAGAAGGGAAUUGAUUAUAUAGGAAGGUGUGUGCAAAAUGAGCUUGCUGGCCCCACACAUAGUUUAGAGGUAAUGUUCUCAUUGAAAAGUACCUCAAGGCUGUAGAUGACAGCUGGGAAAUGUUAACGUGAUGAAAGUUAGUGCUCUCAGCUUGUGAAGGACCUGAAACUUUGCUGUGGAGGGUGGUGAUUCUCUGUCACUUGGUGCAGUACCAUUAACCAAAGUCAAGUGUCUUCAGAUUUUAUUGGCUGCUCAGUUGACAGCCAUUCGACUAAAGAAACUCAAUUGCGCAGCUUUUUGGUUAAAUGGCUGAAGUCUUCCUCAGUCCGUGCUCUGUGAUGAUGAUGUCGGCUCUCAGCUAGAUGUUUGUGGCCACAGGAAAACUACUCCUUACAGUUUUGCUUCACAGGCAUGUUACACAGCCUGCACUGAAACCAUUUGUCUUCCCUCCCUCCCUCUCCUUUCCCUAUAGUAUUGAGGAUCAAAUCCAAGGGCCUCGUGAAAACCAUUUUCUAAGAGACAUUUUAUUUAAGAAUCAACUUUAGAGUCUAUGUUUAUGAAUACAGCAAGUUUUUGUUAAAUAAAACCUGAAUUGUGCAAAAGGGUUUUUUUUUUUUUUAACAUUUGUCAAUGUUAAGUAAAAGAAAGCCAUGAUAAAUAAGAAUUAACUCAUUGUUCAAUGGGUGUUUCCUGUGAGGAAGGUUACAGUUGUAACAGCCUGCAGUUGCAUACAUCUCCAAAGAUUUACAGACUUAGUGUAUCAAAUCAGAGUGUCAUGUGAGCUCUCACAUUUAAAAUUCUAUGGGAACGUGUCAAUGUGAAUUCUAUUUCUGGUACUUAUUUAAGAAAUCGGUUGUUGGGUUAUCCUUAGACAGUGUAGGGAGAUCACAAUACAACUGUAUGCCAAUAAAAUAUAACUUAAUUGCCCAGAUAUUUUUGCAUAUUUAGAAACAAGAAAAGCUUACCGUUUGACUCAAGUUUUAUGCUUUCUCUUUCUUUUCAUUUCCUAGGUACUAAUUUUAAUUUUUAUUUGGAAGGGAGCAGUAUAAAGCUUAUUUGUAUUCAAUAGUGUAUCUCAUAGAUACAGACAAGGCCGCAGAGAUAAGUCGUUAAAUAGUGUUUAAUGUUGAUGUGGAGAGAACAGGUGUAUUACUUAAAGAUACUAUACCAUAUACAUUUUGUAUAUCAUUAAAUCUUUAAAAGAAAUUAAAUUUAUUCUUGUUUACAGAUG